AUGUCUGAUAUCGCACGACUAACUCGGUCAUGCUUUCGCUUAUUGCAAGAAUUGUCCUCAACACUACCAGACGCUAAGGCUGACUAUCAAGUCGCGAUGUCUCCUGCGGCCGUCCAGAACGAACUUGAACGAUUUAAGCUCUGGUCUGGGAAUCUUGGGGCGAUGGAGAGCAAUCGCAGCUCACUAUAUUUUCGCUUGCGGGAUUCGACUGUGAUGCAGACAAACGUGACGAAUUUGCUACGCAAGCUAGAAAAAAUCAUUAGAGACUGUUUGGAAAUCAUCAAAGGUGACCGGCUUCCAUUAGACGAAAUGCCAAAGCCAGAGUAUGUUAGUAGUCCAGACACCUCCGACGAUGACUCCGAUUACGAACCAGUGGACUACGGACGCGUCACUACCGAGCUAGGGAUGAACAUGCUCAACAUCGUGGAUAUAUUGUCCGAUCUAUUCAAGCUCUCAUUUAAGAUUCGAAACAGUACAACGGCAACGGAAUCGCUUAAGCCGUUUACCUUCCAGGACAUCAAUGAGGAGACGCAGAAGGACAGGCUCGCCAUAUACGAGGAAUACGACCGUCGGCACGUCCAAGAAUAUAUCGAGCAGGCGCAAAAAGGUCGCGAGGAGUUUUCGGAUCGGGACCAACUGAUGAUCUUGGUAGGCCGCUUCGCUGCUACCGUCACGAGACGUCGUCGAAUGCUGCAAUAUUGGCAGCGACACGCUGAAAAGCUUGCCUCAGCCAUAGUCACCGAAGAGUGUUUAAAUUCAAUGCAGGUGAUCUCAUUAGGUGCAAGUAGUACGCUACAAGAUGUGGAAGCGCGCGGAAGUCCCGAACAGCGCGCACCGCCAGCAAAUAAGACGAUAUAUUCCGGAACAGAAGCGACACGAUAUGAUCCCAAACUAGAAGAGACGCUCGAAACAAGCUCGGUGAUCUCCUACGCGACUACGGCGUUUGAUCUUGAUGGAAGCGCAAUUACCAUACCACCUCUACCGGCGCAAGUAUUUGAAGGCUCUGAGUUUCUCUGCCCUUACUGUAGAACAGUCAUUCCCUCAUGGCAUGGAAAAGGCCACGCUUGGAGGUAUGGUCUCACCUACAUAUAA